CUGGUAUCCGUUCUUGGCUCUGAAGAAAUUGGUUGGGGAGGCAGUGGGCCAUUGGCUGUAAUAGCUUUUAGUUUCGUCGCAUGUAAGCAGUGGGUGGAUCAAGGUUGGGAACUCGAAGAUAAUCCUGUGGCGACGGCCUUUGAAAUCUUUUGGAUGUUCUUUGAGCCCAUGCUCUUCUCUGUUACGGGUGCACAAAUUGUCAUCGCUGACUUACAACCUCAGUUAGUGUUAGUAGUCGCUGGAAUUGUCAUCACUUGUGUAGUAUUACCGUGGAUGGCUAAAGCUACAGUUCAGGCUGCUUUAGCACCGGUUGCGCUUGACGAAGUACGAAAAAUGACUGGCAGUGAGGAACAUAUGGAGCAGUUGGUUAAAUACGCUGAAAUUGUAAUCAACGUCUGCAUCAUACAAACUAAGGCCGCCUGUACUAGAAGGCUGGAGACGUUCCCACAGGCCAUCGAUUCGUGA